AUGCCCGACAAGCCAUUGACCAUCGCGACAUAUGCGGCGGGGGCAUCACUUGCUGCCAUCACAUUGGUCUAUGUCUUUGGCCCAACAUUCUUCCUCGACGAUGACGCGGCUAACAGUUCCAAGUCAAGCCGCAAAAAGGGCGUUGUAGGACUAGUCAACCCGGCGAACGAUUGCUUCAUCAACAGUGUACUCCAGGUAUUAGCAGGUCUGCCAGAGCUACGGACAUAUCUUAUACGAGAAGUGCAUAGGCGGGACCUGGAUGGGCCGCAGCUGUAUGAAGAUUUGAGGCCAGCAUUGGAGGAGCCAAGGAAGAGCCCCGACAGUAAGCCGCUCCAGGAAUGGCAGAUUAUAGGUCUGCAGCAAGGGUUGGUCACAGCGGGUCUGAAAGAGGUGCUCAAUGCGCUCAACGAGAGGCCUAUAUACAAGAAGACCAUCAGUGCGCAGAGCUUUAUACGAUGCGUAGAACAGGCAUUUCGCACGCGGAUUAGCAGAACACAGCAAGAUGCACAGGAGUUCUUGCAAGUCAUUGUUCAACGGCUUGCUGAGGAGUAUCAUGCUGGGAAGCGGGCAAGGAAGUAUGCUCGACAGCAUGGGGGCACAGUACAGCAGGGGGCAAUGGGCAACAAGGGAAGUCCCGCUGGCGAUGAGAACCACAGGAUCCCGAAUGGACGACCCAGAGACAGCAAGAUGAUUCCGCCCGAAGCUGAUGCAGACCGCGGCUAUCAAGAGUCGCAUACUGCCAAGGCCGAUGCUGGACAGCAACAGGAAGAGGACGAUCAAGAACAGGAUGAGAACAUUUUCCCGUUGGAGGGCAAGCAAGAGACGCAGGUGGAGUGCUCGCAUUGCCAUUUCAAACCUAAGCCUACCGUGACAUCCUUCAACACCCUCCCCUUGAAUGUGCCACACGACUCCACAUCGAGUACUCUCAAUCAAUGCUUCGAUGGCUUGCUUAGAGUGGAACACAUCGAUGGCUACACUUGCGACAGGUGUCGUCUAGAGCAUGCAUUGCAGGUGUAUGACAAGCAGAUCAGCAGAACCUCUGGAGACGAGAAGGCUGAACUUGAGGCUGAUCGCGCGAAAAUUGAGCAAGCACUGCACGAGGAUCCUGAAGUGCCGCCCAAGGAUGUGCAGCUCCCAGAUACCAAGAUGGUACCGAAACGGAGGAUCACGAAGCAUAGUCGCAUCUCCUCGUUUCCGCAGAUUCUGUCUAUACAUCUGAACCGCUCGGUCUGGGACAAUCAUUCGUCUUCUUCGAAGAAUAUGGCCAAGGUGUCCUUCCCGGAGACGUUACCGCUGGGCAGUCUACUCGACCGCAAGACCUAUCGCUUGCUUGGAGUCGUCACACAUAAGGGUGGGCACAACAGCGGGCACUACGAAUCGUUCCGUAGGCAGAUCUUGAACCCUCCGUACUCGACGCCCGCAUCACUUGGCAAUGGCGGAGUAUACAGCAUCCGCAGCAGUCCUGCACCAAGUCCGCGCAUGAGCGCUGUGCCAAGUCCCCAACUGAGCGGCACGAAGAUGAGAGAGUCUAUCUCAGCAACCGAAAGCCCGUCUCUUUCUACGGACUCACACUUCUUGAGCACACCGACCAGUGCGACGCCGUCAAUUUCUUCUGGCUCUUCGACACUACAGCCACCGGUGCUGGACAGAAGGAAACAGCAGCCGCCUCCAGAGUCCGUCCCAACGCCUGGCUUGCCAACACCGCCUCAAGCCUCCCAACCAGAGGCCCCGCCCGCAGAGGAGAAGGCCAGACCCAAGAGCCAGCCUGCACUCCAAGCUCUUCGCAAUCGUGGCCCAAAACGAAAAGGCAACGAACGCUGGUGGCGCAUCUCCGACGAUAAGAUCAAAGAGAGCAAAACAAGCGACGUUCUGGGUAUGCAAAGAGAGGUGUACAUGCUGUUUUAUGAGCUUGUGCCGAAUGAGUAG